UUUAUGGCUGGUAAGAUGUUUUUUCCUUCCAGAUGAUGUUUUUGUUUUCUCUUUCAGAAGAUGUUUAAACGUGUUCAGUUCUUUUUGAUAUUAAUUUGAACUUUUUGUUUCACUUUUAUUUUUUACUGUUAAUCUUUAUUGUUACUUAAAUAUCCCAAGGAAUAAACAAAACCUCAAGUUAUUCAUGUUUUAAUAAUUUGAAUUUUAGACGACACUAUCGUGAGUUCUCACUAAUCAUGCCUGAAACCGAUAAAUACUGUUGGAUUUGUCAUCGAGAACAUGCAAGCUUACCCUGUAAAGAAUGCUUUCGCAACUACCACUACCGAUGUGCUCGUAACAUAAUGACCGAUGACUCAUUAUUUGUUCCUGAUCCUAACAAUAGAAGGUUAUACCAAUUUUCCACAUCAUGUUCUGAAUGCCAAAUGCUUGCUAAAGCUGCAAGAAACUGGGAUAAAGGUCUAGAAUUCCAGAAAAUAUCAAAGAAAACUCUCAACACUUUGCUGUCUUAUAUUUUAGAUCUUUUAAAACAGUCUGCUCCUGCUCCAUUACUUUGGCCUGCAAGCAAGCUUUCAAUAUCUGGCUGUCCGUUUACCAUGGAUUUUCAUAAAAUCAAAGACAAGACCUCAGAUAAUCUUUAUAACAGCCCGAGAGAGUUUCUUAAUGAUAUAACUCUCAUCAAUCAUAAUUGUGCUGUUAUCGUUAAAUGUGAAAACCGUAACAGAGAGAUGAGAGCUUUGUCAAAAGAAUUAUAUAUUUACAAAAACGAAAUGAUUGAAUUCAAAAAGACGGCUGAGGCUAGAAUUCGAUAUUUAGAGGACUGUCCUCAUUGUAUUUUAAAUUUCUCUAAUUUUGGUGACAAAUGGUUAACGAUGACUUGUCCGUGGGGUCAUCUUUUGAUUCUUGCCAAAAUAGACGACUCGCUUUGGCCUGCUAAGUUGAUCAGAUAUAAUCGUUCGUCAGGACGCCUCGAUGUGAUCUUGUUUGGGACCGGUGAACGCGAUUUCUUGAACCGUUUCAGGACCCGAAUAAGUGAGAGCCAAUGCUGGAUACCUUGUCGCUCGGAUUUAGACAUACCCCAGAAAAAAGAAGAACUUAUUGAGGCUUAUGAUCAAGCUAGAAAAUAUGUGAAUACCUUGAGGAAAAAAUUUGGCCGUAAAUUUAGCUUACCUGGAUUGAGGAGAAGAAUCAAAGACAGCGAUAAAGACUACAUUUCGAAGGGAUCAUCAUCGGAUGAAGAUGUUAUACUAUUAACUGAUGAUGAACAAGAAGAACACGGUGCCUCUGUGGAAUCAGGAAGCAAAGAGGACAGAAGUGCGAUUAAUAAGCAAAGUUUACCUAAUGAUACCGUCAAUACUGAAGGUGCUACCAGCAAAAAAGAUGACUCCGUUAAAGGUGUAGAAAAUAACAAGAACGACAAUAUUAGUGAUAUUAACAAUAAUAGUGCUAAGAUAAAUGCAAAGGAUACAGAAGUUCGUAAUGCAGAGCCAAAUCAAAACCCAAUUACGGAAUCUGAUAAUAUCAAAAGCAAUGCGCCUAAUAAUGCGCCUAACAUUGCACCUGACAUUGCACACAAUAAAGCGACUAACAUUGCACCUGAUAAUGCGCCCAAUAAAGUACCUAACAUUGUGCCUAAUAAAGCGCCUAACAUUGCACCUGACAUUGCAGCUAAUAACGUACCAAAUCAUGAACCAACUUUAUUGAAUGGAACAACUGACAACAUUCUCAAUGACAGUCCUUCUAUGACGGAGCCGAAAGUGCCAACAGAACGUGAAAAAGAAGUACCUAUAGAAUGUUCUAUCGAAGAACCUGAAGUUAGUUCUACACAGGUGUUACCGGAAGAUCAUGAUACUUUGAAAAGUGACCAAUGCACACAGUUUGAAAUUGUAUACGACGACGAAUCAGAAGGAACCAAAAUAACCUCUAUUUCUAAUGAAGUGGAAGAAAAAAUAGCCCCGGAAACUGACCAAAAAUUUAUAUUUUCACCUGUUACUGCAGAUUUUGUUAUCGAAGACGAAACUAGUAGUAAUGAUGAACCAUUGAAAACCAAAGUUACACCGAUUCCAGAAAGUCAUUUUACAUUGACUUUAGAUGAUCAAAGUAAGGAAACCGUAUUUGAAUCCACCGUAAUGACUGAUCUAUCUGGAUCAUAUCUGUAUCAUUCUGCUAUGGAUACAUCCGAUCAUUCAACAUUCAGGGUAAAUGCUAAAUCCCUUCGUGACGAUUAUGACGAUAAUUUAAGUGGUCCUUUGUUCAAAAAGAUGAAAUACGACUCCUUGAUGAAUUUCGACUACAUUUCAGAAUCUCAAAAGGUUAAAGAACGUUUAGCAUUGGCUGAAAAAGAAUUGUUACAAUUAAAAAUGCAUGAAGAAUAUCGUGAGGCAGUUACAAGAGCCCAAAUAGAAGCACUAAAAGCUAAAUCACUUGAAGAAAAUUGUGAAAAAUUACAAAAAGAAUUAACGGAAACAGCUGAUAAACUAAAGGAAGAAAGUGAAGAGUUGGUCAAAAAGACUAAUAGUUUAGUCGAAUUACAACAAAUAGUUGACAAAUUGAAGGAGGAACGUGAUGAACUACUCAAGAAAGCCAACCAGUUGCCCGAAUUACAAGAAAAGAUUGACAAAUUGAGCAAGGAACGAGACCAAUUAAACAAGAAAAUGGACAAUCUAGUCGAAGAACAUCGAUAUGCUUUGACCAAACAGGAGGAAGAGAUAAACUCCACUUGGAAAAAUUCAGUAGCCGAGCAGCUUAAAGAUUUAAAAUCAAAACAUGACCAAAUGAUAAGCGAAAACAACAAAUCAUGGGAAGAAAAGCUUGAAUUACAAAAAUUAACUCUCGAUCUCAAAUAUAAAAAGUUAAAAGAUAAAUUUCUUCAGCUCCAUUUAACAAUAAAAGAAUCACUUGCUGGUGCAUCUGAUUCAGAUGUUGAAGAAAGUUCAGUACCGAACCAAGAACAAGAUGCGGCAUCAGCAAAUUGAACCCUAAUUUAAUAGAAAUACCGCUUUAAUUAUUGAUCUUGGAGCAUUACUUGCUUAUUAUUUUUUUCCUUAUCAUAUCACUUCAAAUGUUCAUAAUGUAAAAUGUUUUCUAUUCUUUCGACAAUCAAGCAAAUUAUGGUCACAAAUAUUCAAUUUUUAAUUUUUCUGAUUCUGAAUAAUCAACCAAUCAAACCAAACUGUUCCAUAAAAGUUGAAUCAUAUAAUCGAUCCCCUGUUGUUCAUUCCAGUAAAGUUUAGAGUUUACUUCAAUGCCAAAUAUUCGUGUCUCAUUGCAAAUCGUAAUGCAAUCGUUGUAUUGUUUUUGUUAAAUAAAUACAGAUUAAAGAAAUUGAUUGCGAUUUCAUUAAUGCUGCUCACAACCAAAAA